AAUAGAAUUGAAGACAAUAGAAUGCCCAAAAGAGAAAAGUAGCAAAUAUUCAAAACGUAAAAAGGAACUUUUAAAAAAGGCUGAGGAAAUGGCGAUAUUAUGCGAUAGUGAUAUAAUUCUCCUCGUCUUUUCUCCCACCUCCAAGCCAAACCUUUUCUAUCCUCAUUCUAGACCUCUUAGUAGAAUCUUGGAGAAGCUUUCCAAUAUGUCAGAAUAUGAACGGGAAGAGAGGAGAGCCUACACAAAAAAGACGUUGAUGAAGCUGUUGAAGAAUAAAAAUGUAGAAAUUCCCAAUGAAAAUCAUAAUCAUUCUUCUGGAAGAGAUGAAGUCCAGCUUCAAGAAGAUGAUAAGGUAAUUGAACUGGGAGAAGCUAGAGAAUUGCUUGAUGAGAAUACAUCAAUUCUGAGGAACUGGCAAGACCCGCAUAGAGUUGAUGAUUUGGCCAAACUCACAAUAAUGGAAGACCAUCUAGUUUCUAUUCUUAGCCUGAUCAAAAAGGCUCAAAUUGAACAAGGGUAGCAAAACUCAGAUGUGAUUUCAAAAUGAAAACAUUAUUGUUUACUUAGCCCAUUAAAGAUCAGAAGAAUAUACUAUAUAUAUGUAUUUACUAUUAUGUUAAUUAUGUACUUAUCAUAAA